AUGUCUGCUAAGAAAUCCUCCAACGAAGCAGUCAUUCAAGAUAUUAUGAAAUCGAUGGUAAAUAACAACUCUGUUUCAACUAUGUUGCGAAAUCUUCUGGCUAAUUUCUUGCACUCCGCAAACAACAGCAGCAGCUUCCCUGGGAUGAGUGAAGUGUAUAACAUGAUGUGCAAAGAUGAGCUCAUCACCAUUGGAUAUCAACAGGCUCUUGCAUGGAUCAAGAUGUUCAAUUUACCACAAGGCCUGCUUAAAUUCACUAACUUCAGUAAUGCAAACAUGUCCCAGCAAGAAUAUUUUGCCUACUUUCAGAAUUUUAAGGCAUCAUCAUCGAGUGGCAGCCCAUCAAAACAAACCUGUGCUCAUCUGGCUCACCUGGCCAGCAAAACACCAGCUGAAUAUGAAAAUUUUUUGCAGAGACUACAGAAUCCCACACAUACAGUGAAAUGUUUAAGAAGAAGAAUUCCUCGAUUUGCAGAACUUGUGAAUAAUUUUGAUAUGAUGAUCCAUGUGUCACAAGAAAUGCUUCAAAUUAUUCAAGACCCAUCGCUUCAAUCAUUAGUCAACAAUCAAAAAUUGGCUCCAUUGAUUGCUGUACUUCUUAACACAAUUUUACAAAACAAACCUGUUAUUGUCCAUGUUUCACAUUUGCUUAAUGAUUCAUCCCAAGUGGAAAGUUACCUGCUAAGCCACACAUCCCUGCCAUAUUCAAUCGUCCAGACUCUGCUUAAUUCUAGCAUCAACAUGAAAAUGUUACAAGUUAUCAAGGAGUCACCAGAAAAAUUGAAGGAUAUUCUUUGCAAUCCUACCAAUUUGAUGCAGUACAUUCAUUGGCAAGGCAGUGAAGAAUCUUUGCAGAAUUUUACAAAUGUUUUCUGUGAGAAUUUCACUGCUACAACAUCUGGACUGAAAAUUUACCUUGAUACCUUUGCAAUCAAACAAAAGCUCUCCCUACUAGACAGAAGUAUUCAUAUUGACCUACCUUGGCUGGUGAACAUCUCCCGAGACAUGGCUGAGCUUCUUGAAAAUAUCCAACGUCUUUUAACUUUGGAGGUCUUGUUUAAUUCCCUAAACGUUAACCAACUAUCAAAACUGAUACCAGAAAUACAACAACUGGCUGUUGACAAUGUUCCAGAGAAGAUUGUAAAGGGAGUAACACGGAUCAUCAACGAUUUCAGAGUUAUAGAUAAUAGAACCUUCUCUCACGAAUUCAUGCAAGAUGUGAAAGUCGUUAUGCAGGGAAUUCUUGGCUUAACAGCUGUUGAAAAAGUAAUGGCACUUAGUGCUGUCUUUAAGGAUUUCUUGAAAUCUCCCAAUACUGUACGUCAGUAUCUUACCGAGGACUUGGCACUGCCACAGAAUAUUUCAAAUGCUUUAAUGGACUCCACUAUAUCCCUUGCACAGUUUAUCCACUUGCAGUCCAGUAACUUCUCUGAAUUACUGUGCUUCAAUUUGAGCCAUGUAUUAACCCUUUCAAAUGACACUGACAUCACCUAUGGGGAAAUCAGCCAGCAUCUGUGCCAUAUUGACAAAGAAAAAAUCAGCAACUUAACACAAAUCAUCAUGGAACAACUACACAUUGGAGAAUUUGUCAAACAAUAUGUAUUGCUUCAGGCCAAAACAAUUCUCUCAGAGUCUAAUAUGACAAUGCCAUCUGCCAAGCAAUCCUUAAGUUCUGUUGCUAGGACUAGUGCCAUUAUUCAAAAAGCAUAUGGAUCUUUGAGUACAACUCAACUCUUUAAAAUUUUUAGUGAAUACAUUAAAGCUGAAAGUGGGGACUAUAAUGCAUUUUCACAAUUGGUGCCAGUAAUGUGCGGACGUAAUGUAUCAUUACUUUUCAAAAAUCAAAAUAAGUUAUUAUCAGUAAGUCCCAGGAAUGAAAUCAAGGGCGAAGAUGGACUUACACAUCUGCAGCGUCAAGAAAUGAAUUCUCUUCCAAAUGUGUUUUGCAAACAUCUUUAUAAAGAUAUCAUAAAGACUCAGACUGGAGAAAUUUUAUGGAAAUUCGUGAAACCACUUGUGAGAGGCAAGAUUCUUUUCACUCCGGAUAACGAAGUCACCCGACACAUUACUAACAAGGUUGACAAAGUGUUUCAAAUUGUCAGCAAACUGCAGGAAAUUGGAGCUCAAUGGAAGGAAGGCAUAAUUGGUGUCUCGAAUAUGAAAGACAAAAUAAACAAUAUGACAGACUUGUUUAAAUACCUGAAGACACCAUUUGUACAAGACCUGAUGAAGGACAUGUUUGAUGUCAACUCAGAUAGCAUUAUGUCCAGCAUGAAAAUGCUUGACCAGCUCAACAAUAGCACUUUGUCCAAACUCCAAUACCUGAUUGUCAACGUUAUCAACUAUACAUCCUGCAUGUCCAGCAGCAGGUUUGUUGCAGUCAGUUCAAGCCAACUUGAGAAAAGGGCCUUUGAUCUAAGCAAGAGGAAUGAAUUUUUAGCAGCUGUGAUAUUCAAAGAUAUGCCAGAAGAGGUUAAAAACUCUAGAGAGAAAAGAGACACCAUUGUUAAACUACCUAAACACAUUCAAUAUAAAAUACGUAUGGAUGUCGACAACAUACCUUUCACUGGCAGGAUAAAGGAAAGUGGCAAGAAAUUCAGCCUUCCUGGGAUAGCAUUAAAACAAUUCCCCUUCCCAUGUCAUAUGAAGGAUGAGUAUCUACAUAUCCUCAGUUCUUACCUCAUGCCCAUUAUGAUGACUCUGGCUUGGUUGGCAUCCCUUGGACUCGGUAUCCGUAAUUUUGUAAAAGACAGACAAGGAGGUCAAGAAGAGGCCUUACUGGUUAUGGGGAUGUACAGUGGUAUCAAUUGGCUCGCCUGGGUGGUAUCCACUAUGCUGAUGAUGUCUUGUGUAUGCAUUAUCAUUGUCAUUAUCCUUCACUUCAGUACCAUCUUCAGCUACAGCAACAUGUUCAUCAUGUUCCUCUAUUUCAUCAUCUAUUGCUUCUCCACAACAAUGAUGUGUUAUAUGGUCAGUUCAUUCUUUACCAAUUCAACUCUGGCUGUGUUGACAGGUCUCAUCUUUUACUUAUUUUCAUACAUGCCUUAUGUUUUGCUCCAGUCCAUGAGUAACAAUGAGGCAAUUUACAAGUUCAUUGCUUCUCUGUCAUCAACAACUGCAUUUAGUUAUGGUGCUCUAUAUCUAUCUACGUUUGAAGAAAAGCAAACUGGCAUUCAAUGGGAUAACAUUAACCAGAGUCAUAUCGAAGGUGACAAAAUGAACUUUUCUAUGGCCUGUAUGAUGAUGCUCAUUGACAGUGUGUUCUAUUGUAUUAUUGGUUGGUAUGUAAAGAACACUAAAAAACGUAAAUAUGGUAUUCCAAAGCCAUGGAACUUUCCUUUCACUUUGAAGUAUUGGAGAUGCAAUAAAAGCUCAACAGUCAAAUAUCUUACCUCUUCCAUCAGCAGUUCUGCUUAUGCAUCAACCGAAAUGUUAUUGGAACCUCCAUUAAAUACGAACAAUGUUGGAAUCUCAUUGAUCAAUCUGUCGAAGAACUAUAAAGACAACACAGCAGUCAAUAACCUGUGUUUAGAUUUCUUCAAUGGAGAGAUAACCACACUACUAGGACAAAAUGGAGCUGGCAAAACCACAACAUUUCAGAUGAUGUCUGGAAUUAUGGAAGCAUCUAGUGGAGAAGUGAUCUAUUGUGAUUCGAACAGAAGCAAGAGUAACAGUUGGUUUGGAAUCUGUCCACAACAGAAUGUGCUAUUUGAUUACAUGACAGCAGAAGAACAUAUCAGAUUAUAUGCAGGUAUCAAGGCUGGAUUAACUGGUAAACUCUUGGAAAGAGAAGUCCGAAGAAUUUUGAAAGAUGUCGAUCUCCUGCAUAUGCGAAAUGUACCUGCCAAGCAGCUGUCAGGAGGCAUGCAGAGGCGCUUGUGUGUGGCACUUGCAUUUACUGGCAAGUCUAAGAUCGUUAUUCUUGAUGAACCAACUGCAGGAGUUGAUCCAAGUGCUCGUCGAGGAAUCUGGGAUCUCAUUCUCAAGUACCGAGCAGGCUGUACAGUAAUCUUAUCGACUCACCAUCUGGAUGAAGCUGACAUUCUCAGUGACCGUAUUGCCAUUCUUCACAAAGGGAAACUCCUAUGUUCCGGUUCUUCUCUAUUUCUUAAAAGACAUCUUGGCACUGGCUAUCACUUGACACUCAUCAAAAAUAAUCCAGACAAUGAGGAUUAUACUGAAGCCAUUCCUUCCACUGUGAACUUCAAUCCUUCAAAGGUUUUAGAUCUCAUUAGACAUUACAUACCAGGCAGUGAAAUAUCAGAAAAUUAUGCUCUGGAGGCAACCUACACUUUACCUGUCAGUUCCAACCGAGAGGAUUUCUCUUUGUUCUUUGAAGAUCUAGACAAAAACCUUGCCAACCUUGGAGUGAAAAGCUAUGGAAUAUCAGACACAACAUUGGAAGAGGUGUUCAUGAAAGCCCGUGACCUGUCUGACGCUGACAUUGUCCUUACUGCAGACAACAUGAAAGGAAAGAGCAUCAAGCCACCAAGCCCUCAGCUUGAGGAACAAUUCAAUGACUCAAAUCUGGCUGAUCUUACAGCAUCAGGCUCAGACUUCCAGCUAAAUGUGAACAAAGAAUCGUCCUCUGUCCUGGAUACAUUCACUGCCUUGUUAAUGAAACGUGCCUAUCAUUACUAUCGCAACUGGAGGUUGAUGGUGUCUUCUAUUUUGCUGCCCUGUUUGUUUUUCACCUUCGCAAUUGGAUUCUCCAAAAUCUCCACGGUCUCACCUUACAAAUCUAUACCACUUUCCCCAGAAUUAUAUGGCAAAGGCACAUAUGCCUUUUUCAAGAAUGAAGCUAAUGAUGCCUAUGGAAACAGCUUACAAAAUGCAUUCAGCAAAUACCCAGGAUUAGGAACAUGGUGCAUGCCAGAUGCGGAAGAGACACAAAGGAAACAUUGUGUUGCUGCUGAAACCCACUUUACUCGUCCGUAUUACCCAGAAGACAUUGCCAACAAAUCAGGAAGUUGUAGUUGUAUGGAUUACCGUUAUGACUGUUCGAAAUAUGCAGCAGGAAUUCCACCUAGUCAGAUUCGUCUUAAUUCUUCAAUCAUCUUACAGAAUCUUACCCCCAUGAAAGAAUCAGUCACAGACUAUCUUUUGACGAGUUUUGCCAAUUUUAUAGAGAAAAGGUAUGGUGGCUGGACAUUCAAUGCCAACAAUGGUAAAAAGACUACGACUGUCUGGUUUAACAACAAGGGUCAUCAUGCUUUACCUGCCUUUCUUAACAGUUAUUCGAAUGCUAUACUUAGAAUGGCUGUCAAUGCAACAAAACUUGGAAAUCCUGCAGAAUAUGGUAUUACACUGUAUAACAACCCUAUCAAGUUAUCUCUUGGAGUUCUCAGUGAAGAAGCAAUAUUACAUAUCGCAUCUGAGACUGUGGUCAGCUUAGUCAUCCUGCUUGCCUUCAGCUUCAUCCCGGCUGGUUUCUGUAUUUAUUUAGUGAAAGAACAUCGUAAUUCCGAAAAGUAUCUCUUCUUCAUCAGUGGUGUACGACCACUUACUUACUGGAUAUCCGCCUUCUUCUGGGAUAUGGUUGCCUACUGUGUUCCGCUUAUUAUAGCUACAAUUAUUUUGUCAAUCUUCAAACUGGAAACAUUCUGGGUCCGUCAAAAUUUACCAGCAACAGUUUUACUCUUGUUUAUGUUUGGGUGGUCAGCAAUUCCAUUUAUGUAUACAAUGGUCAGAACAUUCAAAGACACCACUUCUGCCUAUAUGAUUGUCUUCUGUUUAAACAUCUUCAUCGGAAUGAGCACCAGCAUCUGUAUAUUUUUACUCAGUCUUUUCCAAAGAACUGUGAUCCAGCAAACUGCAUUCAAUAUUUGCAAAAUAGCUUUCCUGAUUUUCCCACAAUUUUGUAUGAGUUACGGACUUGUUUCCUUGGGGAAGAACCAGCUGUUGACAAAUAUCUAUGAACAUUUUGGCAAGGAUGCCUAUGAGAAUCCAUUUUACAUGUUGCGUUGGAACUUUUUAGCCUUGACAUUAAGUGGAAUUGUUUUCUUUAUCAUCACCCUCGUCAUAGAGGCAAAAAAUACCUUUAAUUGCAAAUCAAAGCCCAAGCACAACUUUAACGAAAUCUUUAAAGAAGAUGAAGAUGUCCAACAUGAACGGAUGAGGACAGAGAAAAACUACGCACAAGGGGAGGAUGCCAUUUCUAUAGUAAGAUUAUCCAAGAUCUUUCAACAGGGAUUUGAAAAGAUUUUGGCUGUUAAAAAAAUAUCUUUUGGCGUCAGACAUGGAGAGUGCUUUGGACUUUUGGGGGUGAAUGGUGCUGGCAAGACGACAACCUUCCGUAUAUUAACUGGAGAAAUGUUGGCUUCAUCAGGAGAUGUUUACAUGUUUGGUGAAAGCCUGAGCCGUAAUCCUAGAAUGGCUCGAAAUGUCAUUGGUUAUUGUCCUCAAGAAGACGCUCUUGACAGUUACCUAACUGGACGUGAGUUACUGGCCUUCUAUGCUAAAAUCCGCGGAAUUUCAAAGAGUGAAAUUAAUUCGAUCAUUGCUCAGUUGGUAUCUGAACUCCAUUUAGAAAACUUUGCCAAUAAGCUUGUCAGUUCCUACAGUGGUGGCAUGAAGCGGAAGUUGUCUUUGGCCAUUGCUUUGCUUGGUGAUCCACCCCUGGUCCUCUUGGAUGAACCAACAGCUGGAAUGGACCCUGGAGCAAGACGCUUGGUAUGGAACUGUAUCAACAGAGCUUUACAGAAAGGACAGUCUGUUAUUUUAACUUCCCAUAGCAUGGAAGAGUGUGACAUGUUGUGUACACGUCUUUGUAUUAUGGUCAACGGACAGUUCAAAUGUCUUGGUAGUCCUCAACACUUGAAGAACAAGUUCAGCAAAGGAUACACUGUGACAAUCAAUAUGAUGAAUGCCGAUUUGGAUAUAACAAACAUUAAAAAUUUCAUGAAAGCAUAUUUCCCUGGAACUGUCCUCAAGGAGAGUCACAAUACAACGUUGGUGUUUUCUAUUCCAAAGUCCAUAGCCAAAGUGUCCAUGCUGUUUGCUCUUCUAGAAGAGCAUAAAGAAAAUCUUCAAAUCAAAGACUACGCCAUUUCUCAGACAACCUUAGAUAUGGUGUUUGUUGGUUUUGCAAAUGAACAAUCCGAUGGCAUCAUGGACAGGCGUACGGAUUCAGAAUACGAAAGCGAAUCAUUCUACGCAAACAUCCCAUUUGUAACAGGUUAUAAUUUGAUGAUAGCUUCUUCCACCGUCCCACUUUUGUCUAAAAUGAUUAACGCUCUUUUUCCUUUUUUGGCUUCUGCAAUUUCAUCAAGUGGGACAACAGGGUGGGGAGAAGCUAACAGCUAUUAUCUUCUCUGUGAUAACAAUACCAGCUCGCUCUCUCUCUCCUUCUAA